CUUGCUUUACUUAGACUCGGGCAGGGUGUGUAGACGUGGGCAAUCGCGGGAGUUUACAAAUACGUACCGUCGCCGCCUGCUGUUUCGCUGCUUUGGUUUGAAGAUUCCCCAUCAAGCUUUUAACGAGAUCACAAUUCUACCACGCUUCAGCAAAUAAUUGCCCUUUGUAACUCUAAUCUUAAUAUCCUCCAAACGAGAAAACAUCACAAAAAUGGUCGCCAUCAAACCACUCAUCCUCCUGGGACUUGCCGCAAAUGCAGCUGCUGCAGGUCACGGCCAACAGCAUGCCAAUGCAUUGCAUGCCAGGCAAGACUAUGGCAAGGGCAAAGGAGGCGGCUCGAAAUGCGGCAAGCUGAACUUUGUCUUUACCGGCCUACCGUGGAACCACCCAGCAGUCCAGGCUGCAGGUUUUAACCCAGCAAUGGUCGAGGCUGCCAUCAAGUUUGAUGUACAGCAAAUCGUGCAAGCUGGCUAUAACAUAAAGGCCAUUCUUGUGGGCCCCGAAGACCCCAUCAGCGACAUCGCAGAAGAGAUGGACAACGUCCCCGGGGUCAAGGAGUGGACGGGAACGGGAGUGGGCUACGGGCUGCGCGGGCCCAACAGCACGGUGCUGACGGUCAGGUUCACCGACGUGAUCCAGCUCUUCCGGGACAAGGAGCCAAACGCACCCAUCCUGUUCAACCACUCGCCCACCACCAGCCUGUGGGCCAUUCAGCAAAAGUUCCCGCUGCCGGCCGGGACCAACUGCUCGGCCGAGGGCAAGCCGGGCAAGAACUAUGGCAUUGCCGUCCACUGCAGUGCUUGUCCGCCGUCAAACUAG